AUGGCUAUUCCAGAAACUCAAAAGGGUGUUAUCUUCUACGAAAACGGUGGUGAGUUGCAAUACAAGGACAUUCCAGUUCCAAAGCCAAAGCCAAACGAACUUUUGAUCAACGUUAAGUACUCUGGUGUGUGUCACACCGAUUUGCACGCAUGGCAAGGUGACUGGCCAUUGGACACCAAGUUGCCAUUGGUGGGUGGUCACGAAGGUGCUGGUAUUGUUGUUGCCAUGGGUGAGAACGUUACUGGCUGGGAAAUCGGUGACUAUGCUGGUAUCAAGUGGUUGAACGGUUCCUGUAUGUCUUGUGAGGAGUGUGAGUUGUCGAACGAACCAAACUGUCCAAAGGCCGACUUGUCUGGUUACACACACGACGGUUCUUUCCAACAAUACGCUACCGCUGACGCUGUCCAGGCUGCCAGAAUUCCAAAGAACGUCGACUUGGCCGAGGUUGCCCCAAUCUUGUGUGCCGGUGUUACCGUGUACAAGGCUUUGAAGUCUGCUCACAUCAAGGCUGGUGACUGGGUCGCCAUCUCUGGUGCAUGUGGUGGUCUAGGUUCCUUGGCCAUCCAAUACGCCAAGGCUAUGGGUUACAGAGUGCUAGGUAUCGAUGCUGGUGACGAAAAGGCCAAAUUGUUCAAGGAAUUGGGCGGUGAAUACUUUAUCGACUUUACCAAGACCAAGGAUAUGGUAGCAGAAGUCAUUGAGGCCACCAACGGUGGUGCCCACGCCGUCAUUAACGUGUCUGUGUCCGAAGCCGCCAUCUCUACCUCUGUCUUGUACACCAGAUCAAACGGUACCGUCGUCUUGGUCGGUUUGCCAAGAGACGCUCAAUGUAAGUCUGAUGUCUUCAACCAAGUCGUCAAGUCCAUCUCCAUUGUUGGUUCUUACGUUGGUAACAGAGCAGACACCAGAGAAGCCCUAGACUUCUUCUCCAGAGGUUUGGUCAAGGCCCCAAUUAAGAUUCUCGGCUUGUCCGAAUUGGCAACCGUUUACGACAAGAUGUCCAAGGGCCAAAUCAUUGGUAGAAUUGUCGUUGACACUUCCAAAUAA